GAUGUCUACCCAAACUCGCUCAUUAAGAGAUGAUUUAAAAAAUCGGGUUCUUUCAGUUUUAGGGAUAAAAAACAAGCGAACAAAUCAAAGGAACAUCAAGCCUGAAAUCCUACUCCGUUAAUGGAACGAGUUAAUCAAACGAGCGAUUUUUAAAAAUGAAGGUAUUUUGCUGUUCUCUUUUACUCUAAGCGCUGCGAAGGAAUUUCAGCGAGGUCCUUUCCGGGGGAAGUGCAUUCUUUAAGUGGGUAUAUCGCGAAAGAGUUUUUUGCUAGGUAUUUUGUGAAAGAGGCAUCGAGAGGAAAUCAUGUCACAUAUGGCAGAAGAGUCUGGAUCGCCUGGACAGAGACGGGACUCAAUCAAAACAGCAGUUGGGAACAUGGCCGGGCAGAGGAGGCGGCAACAGGCAGUUUCUAUUCGCAAGGAAAGAAGAGAUGCACUGGUUCGGGCAAAACGACUUUGCAGGGUUGAUUAUAAUGAUGAAGAUGGGAACAUAGUUGAUACUGAUGUUACUAUGGAUGAUGACAUAGCAUCAGAGGACCAAAUUGUUUGUAUUGUGGAGGAAUUGAAAUCAGCAGCUUCAUUCACAGGUAAAGGAUCCUUUCAGAAAAAGAUGGAGGUUCUCCGCAGAUUGAGACGACUACUUUCACAGACUUCAAUGCCUCCUGUAGAAAUAACUGUUCAAGCUGGGGUUGUACCUGUUCUUGUUCAGUGCCUUUCGUUUGGAUCUGCCAAUGAGCAGUUACUGGAAGCAGCUUGGUGCCUCACAAAUAUAGCCACAGGGGAUGUGGAACAGACAAGAGCACUUUUACCUGCAUUACCACUGCUGAUUGCACACCUUGGAGAAAAGAGCUCGAUACCUGUGGCUGAGCAGUGUGCAUGGGCUCUGGGAAAUGUUGCUGGUGAAGGUGAGGAAUUUCGGGACAUUUUAUUAGCACAAGGGGCUUUGCCACCUCUUGCACGGUUAUUGUUAUCAAACAAGGGUUCAACAUCAAGAACUGCAGCUUGGGCUUUGUCGAAUCUCAUUAAGGGACCAAAACCAAAGGCUGCUACAGAGUUGAUAAAGAUGAGUGGCAUACCUGAAGCUAUCAUUCGACACAUGCAAAAGGGAGAUGAAGAAUUGGCUACAGAAGUGGCUUGGGUAGUAGUUUACAUUACAGCUCUGUCAGAGGUGCAUUCAGGAUUGUUGAUAGAAGCUGGGCUACUGCCACCACUUAUUGGAAAGCUUGCUUCUUCAGAUCGACUUUCAUUGCUCACUCCAGUGCUACGGAGCAUAGGGAACCUUGUUGCUGGAGAUAAUCAGAAAACAGAUGCAGUUCUUGCUGCGGGGAAAGAUAUUCCUGGGUCUGUGAUAGGGGCAAUUAUCAAAUGUUUGGAAAGUCAGCACCGUACUUUGAAAAAGGAGGCAGCUUGGGCCCUUUCCAACAUUGCAGCUGGGACAUUGGCUCACAAACAGUUAAUUUUUUCUAGCGGUGCAGUUUCAUCACUACUGCAUUUGUUGAUGACUGCAACAUUUGAUAUACGAAAAGAAGUGGCAUAUGUCUUGGGUAAUCUUUGUGUUGCUACAGUGGAAGAAACAGGUGAAUCAAUGGCUAUUUUGGAACACUUGAAUGUGCUUGUCAACAGAAGAUGCCUUCCAGGUUUCAUUAAUCUGAUAAAGUCGCCUGAUAUAGAGGCAGCAAAACUGGGGCUCCAGUUUUUGGAACUGGUUAUGCGGUCAUUGCCAAACGGUCAAGGUCCAAAGCUCGUGGAAAACGAGGAUGGAAUUGCUGCAAUGGAAUUAUUCCAGUUUCAUGAGAAUGAAGAGAUCCGGAACAUGGCAAAUGGAUUGGUAGAUAAGUAUUUUGGGGAGAGUUAUGGCAUACAGGAGGAAUAUUGAUCUUAGGCAGCCUAAAAACUGCAGGGAUGAUAAUGUUAGACAUGUUUAUCCACCUUGUUAAUACGUAUCUAUCAUUAUAUGCUCUUCAUUCUUUGAAUAAGCUCUGAUAUGAUUGUAAAGUAAGCUUAUAGGUAAUCCACUAUGCUUAGGAAGCAUUAAUAAGUAUUCUAAUAUGCCUGAAAAGUGUAACAAUUCAAGAAGAUUGAGGAGCACUUGUAUCCACAACAUUGAAAAAAUGUACAAAAUAAACCAUUUGGAAUUGUGAGCUGAUUAUGAAGCUUGUACAUGCUAUCUAAUUUUCAUAUCAUUGUUUUAA